AUGAGACUUUAUGUAUAUUAUUUAUUUAUUUAUUUAUUUGUCGCAGAUGUUGUUUUGUUUGCUCUCUCUCCUUCUUUCUCUCUCUGUCUCUCUCUCUGUCUUUGUCUGUCUGUCUGUCUGUAUGCAUGUGUGCUUAAAGAGAGUAUUGUGUCGAUGGGUGCGAGUAACUCAGUCUUUGUUGCGUUGUGCAACAUUGUCAAAUCGUUCUGCACACACAGCUUUGAACUGUCCGUCAUAAUUUUUGCGGGCGUGGUGGCUUAUGUCAUUUGCAUGCGUUUUAUGGAUCCUGUUUGUAUGAAGUUGUUGGAGCGUCGUAUUUGCGGCGUCGACAUCAACAAGACGACGCUGGAAAAGCGGAGGAAGAUAGCAGAGAAGCCCCUCAAAGCCCUGGGGGAGGAGGAAAGGCGGCUUGUUGUGCCAGAGUCCCUUGGCAUCCUUGCAGGCGCCGUGUAUUUGUGCGUGUUGGUGCUAGAACUGGCAAUUGUGUUCGGGCCCUCCAUGCACAAGUUGGACGGUGCGAUAACAGCCAUCACGGUGAUGUUGCUUCUGGGAUUUGUGGAUGAUGUGUUGGAUGUGCGCUGGCGGCAUAAACUUCUUCUCUCGGCCAUUGGAACUUUUCCAGUGAUGUUGACAUAUGACGGAAGUGUGUCCAUUGCCGUUCCACGCCCAUUACUACCAUACUUUUCCACAUCUUUUGUGUAUCUUGGCGUCUUUUAUCUGCUGUAUUUGGGCUUGCUAUGCAUUUUCUGUACAAACAGCAUCAACAUCCUUGCGGGUGUGAAUGGAGUGGAGGUGGCGCAAAGCAUUGUCAUUGCCUUCACAUGUGUUGUUUACAACAUUUUUCAGUUGCGGUUAGAGAUGGAGUUUCAAGAUGGAUUAAUUGCUUCUGGCGACAUGUAUGUUCAUAAAAUAGAGACAGAUGGCGGUGGUUCCAUGCAUGAAUUAAUGGCAAUUGCACUUUUAGCACCGUUUAUAGGUGUAAGUAUAGCGUUAUGGCACUACAAUCAAUACCCUGCUCGAAUCUUUGUGGGUGAUAGCUACACUUACUUUGCGGGAACUGUACUUGCUGUUGCAGGUGUGACAGGGCAGUAUGGCAAAACCCUCAUGUUGUUUUUUAUUCCGCAACUUAUUAAUUUUGCUCUUUCUCUUCCGCAAUUGUUUCAUUUUUUGCCUUGUCCGCGUCAUCGGGUUCCGCGUUGGAAUGCAAAACAGGAUGUGCUGCAAAAUAGCGGAAAUUAUACGCUUUUGAACGCCAUUUUGUGGAUUUAUGGGGACAUGCAUGAACGAGCCCUGACCAAUGCGGUAAUGAAGAUGCAAGUCUGCUGCUGUAUCUUUGGCCUUUUGGUGCGGUACCUUUUUGCAUCCUAUCUGUAUGAUCAUAUACAAUAG